AUGGCACUCGUGAAGCCAAUCACCUUGCCUCCUCCCCCUCCUUCUCAUCCCUCUAUUACAGAAAAGCCGCAAAGUGGCAAUGUGUUCAGCGAAAGUCUGACGGAGGAGGUGCGCCAUGGGACUGGCAUUCUGAAAAAUGAGCAUGAGGUAGGGAAGACGGAGAUAAUGGUACCGCCGCCACUGGCGGUGGUACUCCAACCGCAGCGGACUCUGGCGAGAGGGGAUGGAAAAAAAAAAGGAAGCCAUGAAGAAGCUGAAAUCCUUUUCGACGAGUUAGCCGUCAACGGGGAGACGUCUUCCCAUGAGCCGCCUAUUUCAAAAUCUCAUGUAUCUCUCUUUCGGACCUACAACUCUGCAAUGUACAAAGGAGAUGAUCUCGAUCCACUGGUAAAGGCAGCUGAUGUGGCGGCACCUAUUUCCACACACUGGGUCUCAAGGCAGCGACAACUUCAAUUGGUCGAGUCUAUGCGUGCUCAGUCUUCAGAUUCUGUGCUUCGAAAUCACGUCAGUAGAUCGCCGACGCCGGUGAAUACUGGAAAAAGGAUCUCUCAUGCCCCGAGCUUGGGCCGGCUGGGAUCGCAGGCGCAAAACAAACCGGAGAAAGUUGAAACGAAGCCCAAAAGUGUUGCCGAGAGUCUGCUGUGUGCAGUCCCAAUAGAUCAUGUCUUCAAGUCCCCAACCCCAGCAUUGCUCCCAAAUGAAAUGAAGCAGCUGGUAGCGCAGUCCAUCAAAACGGCUCUUGGAAGUGCCUUACGUGAGAGUAAUUCCUCUUCUGACAUGCUUACACAUUUGUCGGAUAUUGAGGUUGCGGAAACACGUUUUAUCGAACGGUUUGUAGCUAAAAUGGCAAAGGCGUUCCCCACAGCCUGCGAACCAAACGCGUCUGGGUGCAAUAAUGAGCCAAUUAAAUAUACACAUGCCGGCACCGCGAAGACAACAGCAAUGAAUGGAAUGGAUAAAGGCACAAUGAGGAAUACUGAAGAGCAACUGUUAAUAAGCUAUUUGUUGAAGAAUCACGUUUCAAAGCUCUUUCCGGCUCAAAAGAGGCAGCUCCAGAACGCAGAAAUUCGGAGCGUGAGCAUGCGGGAACGGGAUCACAUCACACAGGAAGCACUCUUUCACAUAGUAGCACGAGAAGUUGGUGUUUUUCCAUAUCAGCCAAUGACCUCUACGGGGUUGCCGAGGAUCUCAACGACAUCCACAGAGUUUGCGGUUAAUGGGAAGUACUCUGAGCACCAUAAGGAGACAGAGGCGUACGGUUUAGAAGAGGCCGUCGAGCUUAGAACCGCCUUCAGCAGGAUGCUGGCCUUUUGUCUUAGGUAUGGACUCCAUAACACAGCAAUCCACACGCUUGACUGCACGGCUCUCGUCGGUGUGGAUGGGGAGUUGGUGGGGGGUGUCAAGGCAACUAAUUGUAGAGGUAGUCUUAAUAAUGCCUCUCCUGCCGUGGAGUCGGGGCGGGCUAAAACGCUGUGGGUGAUAGGGGUGCGUACCCCCCCUACUCGCUGUCGCCGUCUGCUAUGGCUCUACCCUUAUCGAAACGGCACCUACUCCUUAGAGGAGUAUAUAUCCAGCAAGCAAUGGUUGAAUAGGACGGUCGACGACGCAUCACGUGCUCUGAGCGGGACUUCGGAUCCCCAUGCAGGUGAGGACUCGGGCAAAACGCAGCAGCUGGCGAUCGGCCUCGUUGGUCAAGUUUUGUCGGGCAAGGGUCCAAGUUGCCCCUCUGGAGACGCUAGACCGAGUCCUUCAAAGAAUUCCCCAUUGUAUGAUUUGUUACGAGCACACCUGCAGAACCGAUAUGUCAACAUGCCGUUGAUCGUCAUGCCAGGCCCCACGUUAUCCUCAAUAACAAGCCUUAGUCCAUCGGAUGGGCCGCCAAGUUGCGCUUACAGCGCAGGCAUGACCUGGGGGGGCUCACUUCCGAUCUCCGCUCAGGUACUGCAUGACAUGCUUUUCGAGGGAAAGCAUACCGUGUUUCCAUACGAAAACUCCCUGGUGGAGGUGACCACGACCAGCACGCGUCGGGUCUGUCAAUAUAUCGCGCAGCACGAGCUGAUUGUUUCCCUCCAUUGCGACUACACCCGCUUGGAGGAUCCCCGUAACGUUGAGGGUGGGUUUCCGAGCACGGCUCGUCCUCAAGUCUUUCUCGUCGCGCGCUUCGAUGAUGGGUUGACGAUGACCUGCCUGCGGCGGGAGCCGUGGGUGCCGUGUGUACGACCCUCACUCCCCUCCUCCCCGCUUAGCACCGAGUUCGCCCAGAUCAGUACCUCCCUCACUCUUUCCGAGGCCUCACGGGCGACCCCGAUGAAGACCUCCGCCGUGCGGCCCUACUCGCGGAAGCAGCAGCUCCUUGCCGCGGCACUCCACCACAGUGGAGGGGAGGGCCCGGCGCGGCCGACGAGUAAACCCGCCGCCGGCCCCUCCGGAAAGGCCCACGCGGGCCGUCCAGCUGAGACGGGUCUGGUGGAGUCCGCCGCGACCCCCGACCUCCCCCCUGUCCCUGUGGUGCUGUCCUCCCCUCUGAAUGAAGAGGGGGCGGUGCGGCUGCAAGGGGUGGGGAGAGGGUCGGGGCUGUCACAAGGGCCCGCUUCCCUUCAGGUCUCGGAUGGGGGUGUCCCUUCUCGUCCUUACGUGUCAGACAACGGCGGGCCUUCCCUUUUCUUUUCCUCUCAGGUGGGGACGGGUUGUGACACCGCAGGGGGGCGAUCCCGGGAGGGUGGGAAAGGCUUCCCGCACGCGGUGCCUUCCGCACUGGGGGCCCCCAAACACACCCUCGCGGUCUGCCUCGCGAGCAGCAACUUCACCUUCGCCGACGACGGCCGUGAUGCGAACGCCGACGACGGCUUCGCACGCGACGCCGGGGCGCUGCGGCUGACGUACCACGGGAACCCUGACGAGGGAGGGGUCGCGCCCGUGGAGUCGCUGUGCUGCGUGCACGUCAACCGUGGGGCCGCCUCGGAGUGGCAUUUCACGACGGAACGGGAGGGGGCGCGGGAGGUCGACCGGUACACCGGCGUCGUCACCCGGACGUUCCUCUCGGGGAACCAGCAAAUUCUCUUCCCAGAUGGGGGUAUCGUGAACCGAUACCGUGAAGUAAGCCAGGCUCCUGCUUUUAACAACGAACAUUUUGAUAGUAUCUCGUUCGAUCAGUCUCAUUCUAGGUUUGGCUCGCACAGUUAUAGCGAAAGUCAAAUGAGCUCGCCACAUCCGGCGAGUCUGAAGGGCGAAGACGGCGCCGAAAAGACUGAACCGCAGGAGAAGAGAUAUACAACCUAUUGUGAAACCCUAAUAACCGCCUCGGGGCGUUGCUAUGUGCGCACUGUCCACGACCUCACCCCUUUUCAGGCGGAGCCGAUCCCGCACCAGACUAAAAGACACGACGCCGACCCUUCACAGGAUCCGAGCUUGGCUCAACAAUUCGUGCUACUUCCACGGCGAUUGGGCUCAAAGAGGAGCUAUGACAGUGGCCACGAAUGCGUGGUUGUAUCCCGCGAGGAUGGCGUCUGUAGUGCUUGGUAUGUUCACACCGACCAGCCCUCCCGUACGACUCCGACCCCUGCUACAGUGGGGGAUGUGAUGGAGAAACGAGUGGGGGGUUUCGAUAGGGACUCCCCAGAAAAUCUUUCCGCGAGGGCGUACGCAAGGGUCGUUCUCCACACCGACGGCACGUCCAUCACUACUUUAAACGUUUCAAGGCGGGUCCCUGUCGCUUCCAUGAGCAAAUGGCUGGAGCAAAACAUGGUGCUUGCCCCUCUCGGACGGGAGAUCACUCACGUCGAGAAUCUCUGCGCGGACCUCCCCAGGUCAGCUCCUGACGACACGAUGCAAAUCCCAGCGAUGCGGGUUCGCUUCUGCAUUGAAUCCACGCGGAUGCCGCGGAUUUUCCUCGUGCUGCCAGACUCUGUUGCGGUGGGGAUCUCCUCUGUGCGGCCGCGCGCCGCUUAUUACGCGAUCUUCCACGACGGCUCGAUUCUUCUUCGCCGGCGUUGUCGUCCUCUCGGGGGUGGGGAGAGAGAGAAGGAUAAAGAGAGUGGGGAGAGAGAGGAAGGGGGGUAUCACGGGGAAACCCUCCUCACCCGCGCAGGGAUGACGUCGUUGCGGGUGCUUCACGACGAGGCGAUCGUUCGGGUGGAGCCGGCGGCCGCCGUGGCAGCCGUGGAAGGUCGCCCUCAUGCAAUCGCUGUCGGAGAAGGUUUCCCCACCUUCGAUCUCGCUCACGGCGGCCUCCACAUCGUCGAUUCUUGCCAACAAAUCACGGAGGUAACGCGGCUUUUUUCGCGUGAAACGGAGCCGCGGGUAGGGGUGCGACCUUCCACCUGGAAGGAGCUCCUUCGGGCGUUGGUAACGGAGCGUUUCAGCCCUCACCGCGUCCCUCGACGGAAGCAACAGGAGAUGAAUCAGCGGCAGCUCGAUCGCGAGGCGGCUGGGGAGGGGGAGGGAAAUUCCUCAAAAGAUGUGGAGCGGCAGCGAGCGGUUCCUUUUUACGCCUCCUUUGGGAUUCGUCGGCAGCGUCUCGCUCAGGAGUACGUGAUUCAACAGGAGCUUCUUCGCUCGGAUGUUCUCGCGCAGCACCUGGAGCGGGAGCGACGGGCUCGCACGGGGGAAGGGCGGCCGCCAGGGGUGCUUCCCCUUUUCUUUUCCCAACGAGGAGGCGGUGGGAAGGAGGGGAAGGGGGAGGAGGUGGUGGCGUUUCUUCCGGAUGGCGCACUGGCGGCGGGGAUGCGCGCGGCGAGGGCCACCUCCGGCGCCGCCAUCCUCGCCACCGCGGGGGAGUGGCGCUCGCCGUGGGGACUUGGCAAUCCGCACCCUUCUUUUUUGAUCGCCGCGCGCAGCGCGCUUGGGGGGGAGCCCGACCUCCAGCAGAUCUCCCUCACUCUCGUGAAAAGCUCCUCCGAUGGAGAAGGAGGGGAUUCCUUUCUUCCGGAUAGAGGAGGCCCUGAGGUGGAGCCUUCCCCGGAGGAUGGGUUUUUGCUCUUCACCGACGCCCUGAAACGGCAGGUUCGCUUGUCGAAGUUUCUCUGCGGCUUCUCGGUCGAGGCGGUCUUGGGGGGGUAUCCAAGCGCCGACAACGGGGCAAAGCUGACUAUGAAACGAGAAAAUACCUCCACAGCUUCUUCCCCGACGAAUAACCACACGCUGCAUGAGAAGGAGGCGUUGCUGACGAGCCUGUGGGGUCGUCAAUUGUGGGGUGGGGUGGGUCGUUGGCUUCCACCUUCCAUACAGCCGUGUAGGCUGCCCACGUGCGGCCCCAACUCCGCACCAACCAACGCGGAUGGAGAAAAUAUCAUACCACGCCAACACGCGCAAAAACUGCUUCGGAGUUUCAUUUGCUUCAAAAAGUUGCCGAAUCCGGAGAAGGUGAUUAUGGACGAGGUGCGACGACAAGACACGUUGAACAAAAUGAAGGCGAUCACCAAGCCAGUCACGUAG